CAAGCUAGUAGAGCGUAGCAUACCUCUCUGUCUCACCCUUUCCCUCCCCGCGGCGCCGUUACCCCAUCUCUACCAAUCCAAGUAGUUCUCUGCCGUUGUCCUUUUUCUGUGUCUUCCUUCCCUUUCUCUCUUUCGUGGACGAAUUGUUCUCUCAAUUUUGUUCACUUGUCGACUUUUGAAUACGUUUUCCAACACAAAUAACAACUCAAUUCUUUAUCCUAUUCAUUUUUUCGGUUCAAAAAAGCCUGUCAAAUACAUCCAAGUCGCUUGUAUCCACUAAAUUUCCAUCCUUUGCAAUCAAGAGCGAGAUACCCUUUUUUCUUUUUCAUCUCCAAGGUUUAGCAACUGCAUCAAUGCCUAAAACCCUUUCUGUGUCAGAAGCUUCAAGCUUCACUGUCUCACAUUUGGCAUUUGAAAGUACCAUUCUUUCCUGCUAAUGUUGUUGGAAAAUCCCAUAGCUCUCUCUCCUUUUUUUUUUUCUUUUAAUUUUAUCACGAGUCACCUACUUCAGCACUUUUACCUAUCCUUUUGCACGCUUAUAAAUAUGCUAUGGAGAUACAACAGGGGCUUCCUGCAUUCAAAACCAAGAACCCAGAUCCUCAAAGUAUUGCCUUUCGUGUUAGUUCGCCAUUUCUCGUCACCAGAGGUAUGUUCAACUGACAAAAGUCAAAGUUUUUCUUGGGAAAAAAGGAGACUUACUAUCACUCCUCAGAUUGUUCACUCUACUUUAGUGAACUGCCCUUCUAAUUUGAUUGCUUUGGGCUUUUUCUUAUGGUGUGCUAAGCAACCCAAUUAUUUUCAUGAUGCUGAAGCAUUUGAUUGUAUGGUUAAUGUUCUCACUCAGUUAACCAAAAAGUAUGUAACUGUAAGAAGCAUUGUUGGGGAAUUGGAAACUGUUGGCUGUGUGAUAAAGCCACAAACUUUCUUGCUUUUGUUGAGGAUUUAUUGGCGUGGUGGAUUAUAUGGAAUGGUUUUUGAGACUUUUGAGGAAAUGGCUACUUUUGGUUUUACUCCAAAUACAUUUGCACGUAAUGUAAUCAUGGAUGUUUUGUUUAAAAUCGGGCAUGUUGAUGUAGCUAUCAAGGUUUUGAAAGAAACCGGAUUCCCAAAUUUCUUGACUUUUAAUACUGCUUUAUGUAAUUUGUGCAAGUUGAGAGAUUUGUCUAAUAUGAAGUAUGUUAUCAGAAGAAUGUUCCGGGAGGGGCAUUAUCCUAAUGUUAGGACAUUGGAGAUGAUUUUGAAUUGUUUCUGUAAAAUGGGUAGGCUAGCAGAGGCAUAUCAAGUGUUGAGUUUGAUGCUUAUUUUGGGAGUUUCUGUAUCGGUAAAUGCUUGGAGUUUAUUGAUAGAUGGGUUUUGUCGAUUGCGUCAGCCUGAUAUGGCUAAUGAUUUGUUUAUAAAGAUGCUUGGAACUGGUUGCUCUCCUAAUGUUGUGAUUUACACCACUUUGAUUAAGGGAUUCUUGGAUUCCCAAAUGGUUAGUACUGCUUUUAGCAUUCUAAAUAGAAUGGAAUCUGAUGGAUAUGUUCCUGACUUGAUUCUCUGUAAUGUGUUAAUAGAUUGUUUGUCUAAGAUUGGGAGGUAUGAUGAUGCAUUUGAUGUUUUUGUAAGUUUGCCAGAAAGAAAAUUGUUACCUGAUUCUUAUACAUUUUGCUCUUUGUUAUCCAACAUAUGUUUGUCUAGGAGGUUUUCUCUUUUACCUAAGAUAGCAAGUGGACUUGCAAUAGAAGGGGACCUAGUAGUUUGUAACUCACUAUUGAACUACUUUUGCAAGGCUGGCUAUCCAUUGCAUGCUGUGGAGUUAUAUGAUUACAUGCUUGAUAGAGGUUUUACACCUGAUAAGUAUAGCUUUGUUGGAUUACUUAGCGGACUGUGUGGAGCAAGAAGAAUUGAUGAAGCGGUUAAUGUGUAUCAAAGCAUAAUAAUGUAUUGCCCUGGUCUUGAUGCUCAUGUCCAUACUAUUAUCAUAGAUAGGCUCAUAAGAGUUGGUAAAUAUCACAGAGCCAUUAAAUUGUUUAGGAGGGUGCUUGUAGAGAAAUACCCUUUAGAUGUUGUAUCAUACAAUGUUGCCAUCUUUGGACUUCUCAAGAGUGGAAGGGUAGGAGAAGCUUUUACUUUGUACAGCCAGAUGAAGGAACUUGGUGUUCUGCCAAAUGCACACACAUAUAAUUUGGUUAUCUCUGGGUUCUGCAAGGAGAGAGAUCUCAAAAUGGUCAAACAGUUGUUGCAAGAAAUCAGUGAGGCAGAGGUUGAGCUGGACCAUAAUACAGUGAACAGUGUAACUAAAUUGCUGUUCAGAUCAUAUCCAUAUCCUUCAGCCCUCAAUCAGUUUAUUGAAAUGUGGAAUUCAGGUUUGAUUCCUGAUGAGGCAAUGUAUGCUCAAUUCUCCAAGGGGCCUGCAUAUGGUGUAAACGUAGGUGAUGCUCAUCACUCGUUCUUGAAAACUUAUUUGAGGGAUAAACUAUUGGUGGACUCAUCUGGCUCUGAUGACAUUCCUGAUGUGGCUGCUUCUGUGGGCUGAGCUAUUUUUUAUGAAUAAGUUUUUUCAUAGCUCAGUGGGCGAUGCUGCUUCCAUUUUUCUUAGCUCUUCAUACCAUCAGAUAUUUAGUCCUUAAAGAGGUGAAGUAGGGGAUUUCAUGAAGAUUUUCUUCAAGGGAAGUGCCCGAUGAAAUUUCAAUAAUUCCACAGCCUAAGAUCUGAGCCGUGACUUGAGAGUCUCUCCUUGCAACCACAUGCACUGAGAUUCUUGUGAUUCCAAAGUUUCAAGUUACAAGCAGCAGCUGUUUGCGCGGGCUUUCAUCCAUUGAAAGAUGAAGAUCGUAUCAUAGUGUUUCAUAGCAUCAUUGACGAAGAAAGAAAACAGCAAGAUACCAAAAUCUCUGCAAGUGAUACCCAUAAAAGGCUAGAGUAGUGGCAACCAUUUGGCAGGAACAAUUGUUCUUUUCUAACCAAGGAUCUCAUUUUCCAGCAUCACCAAGAUUGGAAGAAUGUACAAUAAGAGAGGGACAUCUAGAAAGAUCAAAAAAUGGAAAGGGGCUCUUCAAAUUCUGUUAAAAUAGUUGCCACCUUUCCCCUGUUUUGUCUGCUUCAAGUGUUUCUCAUUCAUGUAAUUAUGAUGCUAGUCUGUGUUGUUGGUGUGGACUUUAUGCUGCCUGUGUCCCUAAUUUCUCAGUUGAUAGCCCGUGCAGCUUACCCCAUGGCUACUUUUGCAGUUUCUUCAUUGAUAAUGUACUAAAAACGAUAAUGUAGAAGUAGUAUCCAUACCUCUGUUAUGUUGACAAGAUCAAUACUAGUUGGCUCUAUCUUCUCGUGUUUGUUGGGAAUUUGAUCGUUGGUCGUUUUGCAAUGAAAGAUACUGUUUCCAACCAA